AUGUUGUCAUCAAAAGUUUCUUCACUUUGUGCUGAAGAUAUCGAGCGAUAUAAAGAUAAAAUCUCAAUAGUCAGUGGCGAAGAUCCUUACGACUUCAAGUACGAUUCAAAAACCCUUCCACUUACUGUGGAUUACGAUGGAAUAUUAUCGUAUUUGCUCAGCACACUAUCGUUCCGAACGGGUGAACCAAUGCGAAACAAAAAAUCAGUGGAAGCAUAUAAAAGCUUUGAACGUGGUUUCGUAAAAGAAGUAAAAGACUUAAAACGAGGCGAAAUCUUCGCGGUCUUAGGAAAGGUGCUUCACAGUAUACGUAUAAAUGAACCCCCGGCUACUUGCUGGAUUCUUAUCCAAGAUGAAGCUUGUGACGAUAAGGAGAUAGGAGAGAUUAUGUGUGCUCAUUGCGAUUGCACUGCUGGAGCUGGUGAAACAUGCUCUCAUGUAGCUGCGGUAUUGUAUGCACUGAAUUUUGCAAGGGAAACGUGUUUGGGGAAACAGAUAUGUGUGACACAGCUUCCGUCUUACUGGACUACACCAUCAGGUAGUCUUCAAGAGAAUCUUUAUGCUCCUGUCAACGAAAUCAGCUUUGGGCAAUUUGUACGAACCAACUGCGAGCUACGAGACAGCAAUAUUGAAAGGUCCGAGAGUGACUUGCAACAACUCAUUCGACAAAUUAAUGACUCUGGUCAAGCUGUGGCUGUUAGUGGUGCAUUUUUUGAAUUCGUCAACAGUUAUAAUGAUGACAGUGAGGAAAAUAAUAGACGACAGUUUUUUGAAAGCACAUAUUUGUUUCAAUCAAUUUUCGAUGAAAGCCUUGUAACUCAGCCGCUAGAGAAUUUGAUAGAAUAUGGAAGAGAAAUGGAUUGGAAUUUCAGUGAAGAUCAUUGUAAACAAAUUGAAGAAGUGACACGCGAACAGUCUGCAGACCCUUUGUGGUUCAAAUUGAGAUACGGCAGAGUAACUGCAUCAUACUUUGGGAAAUGUGUGAUGACUAAGAUAGAAAAACCUUCACUUUCGCUAAUUAAAGUAAUUUGUGGACAAAAUGCCGUUCAAGAUUUUCCUGCAACGUUAUACGGGAAGCGUAAUGAACAUCGUGGAGUGUUCAAGUUCAAAGAAACCGUGCAUUUUGGGAAGCAAAUUCUUUGA